GCAUCCUCGAAACGAAACCGAAAAAAGGUGCCGCAGAAACCUCAGAGCCCUAAGGUUAACAUAGCACAUCGAGUCAAGCCCCGCAACACCUCUGGCGGUCAAUCAAAGCCAAUUAUGUGCAAAUUCACGAGACGUCUUGCCCGGGAGCGGGUGAUAGUAUUAAGAAAGGAGGUGAACAAAAUCAGUCCUACCAGAGCCGAACUUUAAGAGAACAUGGAACGUACAGCAAUUUAGGACCACUUCAGUCCACAUCUUCAGGACCUGAUGUCACGCGCAUAAAGAUUCAAGGAAAGGUUCUAUUU